UUCUUGAAACGGAUCUGGAAAGAAGUUGACAAAUACAUGAAAGCCAUGCAACUCAGUGACAAUACUGCUAGCAGAAGAAUAGACGAAAUGAGUGAAGAUGUUGAAAUACAACUUGUUGAAAAGUUAAAAAAAAAUAAAAAAAUUUCAGUGCAAAUGGAUGAAUCAACUUUGAGAGACAGGAGGCUGUAUUGAUAACUUAUUUAAGAUAGAUUGAUAAAGGAGAUUUUGCUGAAGAAAUGUUGUUCUGUCAAUCAUUAGAAAGUGCCACUACCGCAAAAAAU